AUGACGUCCAAGGUUGAUAUUGCGGACGAGAAGGGUAUCGCUGGUGCCGGUACCCUUCCGACGUACGGUGGAUCGCCUGACGCGUCGCACCAGAACGUCGCUAUCGACACUCGCGAGGAGAACUUUUACACCCGCAAUGGUCUCAACUUUGAGUCCUUCAAGUGCCGUAGCUAUGGCCAAGGUCUCGUUGAGCUUGACCGCUCCAUGAAGAAGCGCCACUUGCACAUGAUUGCCAUUGGUGGUUCGAUCGGUGCUGGUUUCUUCGUCGGUUCCGGUGCCGCCUUCGCCAAGGGUGGUCCCGGUGCCGUGUUCAUCGACUUCGCCAUUAUCGGAGUCAUGAUGUUCAACGUCGUCUACGCUCUUGGUGAACUCGCUGUCAUGUAUCCUGUCUCUGGUGGUUUCUACACGUACUCGGUCCGCUUCAUUGAUCCUUCAUGGGGUUUCGCCAUGGGCUGGAACUACGUUUUCCAAUGGGCUGUCGUUCUUCCUCUCGAACUUACUGUAUGCGGUCUGACAUUAAACUACUGGGAAGGAACACAAGCCGUGCCGCUGUGGGGAUGGAUUCUCAUCUGGUGGUUCGCCAUUGUCAUCAUCAACAUCUUCGGAACUCUUGGCUACGCUGAGGAGGAAUUCUGGUCUUCGUGCUUGAAGCUCGGAGCGAUCGUCGUCUUCAUGAUCAUCGCAUUCGUUCUCGUCCUGGGUGGCGGUCCCAAGGGAGGCAAGUACGACUCGUACUGGGGCGCCAGGCACUGGUAUGAGCCCGGCGCGUUCCAGAACGGAUUCAAGGGCUUCUGCGCCGUGUUCGUCACUGCUGCCUUCUCCUUCUCCGGCACUGAGCUCGUCGGUCUCGCCGCUGCCGAGUCGGCCAACCCCGCCAAGGCCCUCCCCGGUGCCGUCAAGCAGGUGUUCUGGCGUAUCACCCUCUUCUACAUCCUUGGUCUGUUCUUCGUCGGACUUCUCGUCUCUUCGACCGACGAAAGGCUCCUGAGCUCGAACCCUUACGCCGACGGUACUUCCCCCUUCGUCAUUGCCGCCAAGGACGCCGGUCUUGUUGGAUUCGACCACUUCAUGAACGUCAUCAUCCUGGUUUCCGUUCUGUCCAUCGGUGUCUCUUGCGUCUACGGUGGCUCGCGUACUCUUACCGCUCUUGCCCAGCAGGGUUACGCCCCCAAGAUCUUCACCUACGUUGACAAGUCUGGCCGCCCCCUGCCGUCCGUUUUCCUCAUCAUCGCUUGCGGUGCCCUCGCUUUCCUUAACCUGGAUGCUGGUGCCGAGAAGGUCUUCUCCUGGCUCCUUUCGCUUUCCGGUCUUGCUGCCCUUUUCACCUGGGGCUCCAUCUGCUUGGCCCACAUCCGUUUCCGUCAGGCCUGGAAGGCCCAGGGCCACACCCUCGAUGAGAUUCCUUUCCAGGCCGCUCUCGGUGUCACCGGCUCCUGGAUCGGUCUUGGUCUUUGCGUCCUCGUCCUGAUUGCCACCUUCUACUCGGCUCUCUUCCCCUACAACAAGCCCGGUGUCGGUACCGCCGAGUCCUUCUUCCAGGAGUGGCUCUCGGUCCCCGUCAUUCUGUUCUUCUGGGCCUGUGGUUACAUCUGGAAGCGUGAGGGUGGCCUCAAGCUGUCCCAGAUCGACGUCGACACUGGCCGUCGUGAGCACGACUGGGACACGAUCAACGCCUACAAGGCUGAGAUCGCCGCCAUGCCCACAUGGAAGCGUUUGUACAAGAAGUUCUUCUAG